UGGAGGGAUGGAGGGAGAAGGGUGGGGAGAGGGGGGCAUCAGAAAAAUCAAGAGAGUCCGCUCAAACCGGAGACAGAAGUGAAAGCUUCUGAGGAGACGUGAGAGUGGGGUAAAAGCCCUGAGAGAGAGGGAGAGAGAGCAAACCUGUGGAGGAAGCCAGAGACAGGACGACAAGCUGGUAAAACAUAGKGGACUGAUAACUCUGAGGAGGCUUUUUGUGCCAAGCAGGUUUUCACAGUGACAACAUGGGAGCAGUGGUGGGCACUUUGACCAUGCAAACCAAACAGAGGAGACCAUCAAGAGGUACGUCAAGACUUAUCUUUGCAGAUGCAAGCAUGUACGCACAUUAUCUUUUCAACGCUUUUGACACAACAAGCAAUGGCUCCAUCAAAUUUAAGGACUUUGUGGUGGGCUUAUCCAUUCUGCUGAGAGGAACCCUGAGGGAAAAGCUGGAGUGGACGUUUCAUCUUUAUGACAUCAACAGAGAUGGAUACAUAAACAGAGAGGAAAUGACGGAGAUUGUAAGAGCCAUUUACGAUAUGAUGGGCAAGUACACCUACCCUGCUUUAAAGGGAGAUGUGCCGCAGCAGCAUGUGGAUGCCUUUUUUCAGAAGAUGGAUAAGAACAAAGACGGAGUGGUGACUAUGGAAGAGUUUAUUAUUGCCUGCCAAGAGGUACGCAUUUUCCAACAUCUGUGUGCCGUAUGCUUAAGAACAUUAAGUAAACACAUAAUGAAAGCUGUCUUGUCAUCUCUGCAURUAAGGUCUUUGUAGUUUGAAUUUAUAUUU